AUGGUGGAAAGGGAAGACACCCAAAUCUUGUCCCAUGAAGAGAAAAUUGAGGUUUUGAAUUUGGACACUGAAGAACAAAAUAAGGAGGUUAAAACUGGCCCAACACUCUUGUCUAAAGAAAGGAAAAAGUUUGAUAGAGUUACUUCAGGAGUACAAAGACGUAUUGAAGUCUAUAUUGACGAUAUGAGUGUCAAAGAACAAACUAAAGAUGAACAUAUUGAGAAUCUGAGGAAACUCUUACAAAGACUGAGAAAGUUCCAAUUGAAGUUGAAUCCAAACAAAUACAUAUUCGGAGUAAUAUCUGGAAAGCUGUUAGGCUUCGUUGUUAGCAGGAAAGACAUCGAGGUUGAUCCAAACAAAGCAAAGCCAUCCAAAGUUUACCUCUCCCACGAACAAAGAAAGAAUUUCAAGGUUUUCUGGGUAGAUAAAAUUACAUUGCUCGGUUCAUAUCUCAAUUAA